GUCACGCAUUUGAUUUAAAUUUUCAAAACCAAAUCUGGUAUAAAUUCUCUCAACUUAUUGAAGUGAACAAAAGUAUAAUUGUUUGACUAUAUUGCUUAAAAUAUCUUAAUAUGUUAUGUAUCAAUUUUUACUGUCCCAAGUAACGGUUGCAAUUGUACUGCUGCUCUGUGCAAGCUCGCAGACAUUUGGGCAGUUGCAAGACACCAGGGUCUGCAGCAACAACCUAGAGUGUCAGAGCUUUGCAGAUGAUAAUAACAACGACAAAAGGUUCUGCUGCGACACCACCUGCAGUAGCGAGUCAUGCAUCGGAGCAUCUGUAAAUGUGGCGUUGGUGGUUCUCAUCAGUCUAGGCGUCACUCUACUCGCCGUCCUUGUACUCGUAUCGCUCAUCUGGUGCAAAUGCAAAAAGCCCGACUCUAAAAUUGGAACCACUGAAGAUGAGUUGAGACCUCCGAGUUACGGCAACCAAAAUGGCCGAGUUCCCGCAUAUGUAACCAGACAGAACACAGUCGUACAGACCAGAGCGCCUCCGUCUCGACCGGGUUUCUCGGCCCACCCGGCCCCACCCCCGAGUUAUAACGAGGCACUACAGCACAACAGGAUUGCUUAAAGAAAGCUUUACAAACGGGCAGCAAAAUUCGACUUAUUAUAUGGAUAAUUCUCAGCAGGGAGCGGAAAAAAUAGAUACCUUCUUACUAGUCUUAGUCUUUUGCUUUUAACAAAGUUUAAAUUUGCAAAAAGCGAGAAAAACAUACAAUUUUGCCCUAAUUUGCCAUCAAAAAGAGCAGUUUUUUGUUCAAAAAGAUCCUGAAGUUUUAAAUUUGUAUUAAAUUACCAUUUGUAUGCUAGGGCGACAUUUCAUAACAGACGACAAUUCGUAACAGGCGACAAUUUGUAACAAGACAUUGGCAAGUAGAGUACGCUUGCUCCGCUUCGCUCCACUGCAUUUACAUCCGACACGAGAGGAAUUUUGCGCGUGAAUCAGUGUUCCCCGUUUAAUAUACUUUAACCAAUUGUCCCCUGUUACGAAUUGUUGCUUCUUACGAAUUGUCGCCUCACUCAUUUGUAUUAUUUAACAUUACCAAAAUUUCAAUUUUUUUCCGCUUCCUGCUUCUAAAUCAGAGCAGCGCAUAGGCUUAAUUCUUAUAGGUCAGGGGGUCUUUUUACUUAGUCCGCCCAAAAACUGCUAUUUAAACGUCUUGAACAUAAGCUAUUUUGCUUCAAUCUGAUUGGCUAAAGUAAGCCAAUCAAAUUUCAGCGCCACCUCAAA